AUGUCUAAAAAACCAAGCCCGCAAGUGGUCAUUGUCGGAAUCGAAAAUGCGAAGAUAGGACUCGACCAGCAAUCCGAUGUGCUAGGAAAAUGGUACUAUGCAGCGGAGCGCACGUCGGACAACAGUGACCGUCUGGUAGACUUGUGCGAACAGGCGGGCCUCAUCAUCGCUUCCACGUUUAAGAGGAAUCAUCGACGGCAUCAGCUCACGUGGCAGGGGUCAACCCUUUUAUCGCCUGAAGAGCAGCGCAAGCGGAAGAUGAGGGCUCUUAAACUUCAGCUCGACUACGUUCUGGCGAGGAACAUUCCUCAGUCAGAUAUCCGAAAAUCUAGAGCUGUUUGGGACGUCGCGUUCGACUCUGACCACCGUCCAGUUCUCCUCAGUUUCAAGAUACGGUUCCACAAGAGAAACCGAGGAGUUUCUCUUCAACCGAAAAUCGACAUGACAGGUCUGAAAGAUGAUGAAUGCAGAAGAAAAUUCCGCCAACGUGUGUCUAUUCAUGUUGGAGUGCGGACCAGGAAGAAGCUUUGCGAUGCGGAUUCCUUCACAAACUGCAUCCAGGACGCUGCAAGGGAAACGCUCCCGGUUCCAUUGCCGUGGAAGAAGUUUGCCUUUGCAUCUGCGGAAACAAAAUCCACAUACAAUUCUGUAUGUGUCGCGCGCUGCGCUGGUGACUUCAACCAGGAAAAGCGUCUUAGAAGUAAGCUGCGUCGUCAACUGCAACAAGAUCGCCAUAACGAGUGGACGUCAAAAGUGACGGAGUUUGAGAAGGCGUGGGAGGACAGGAACCCGCGGAAAGCCUACGCUCUACCAAAACAAUAUUGCGGCAAAAUGAAAAAAAUGUUCUCCUGUCCUCAACACUGCUAA